AUGAGCCCCCGACGGUCUUCUCGUGCACGCACCUCCCAACCUUCGCCGGCGAUCCAGCACACGAAUUCUUCCAGCUCUUCAGCUUCGUUGACUCGAGAAAGAAGCACGAGAUCGAACCACAAAAACCCCUCCCCACGCUCGCAGUCCGAUGACGAAGCCGAUAAGGGCGAUUUUCGCGAGACGCGCCAACGCCAACGCGCGAGAGGGGACGAGGAAGCUGAUCUACAUUCCAAAAUUGGCGACAGCGAGGACGACGAUGUCGACGAGGAGGAUGAAGAAGAGAUAACUCGGUGUCUAUGUGGACAACAGGAAUACCCUGGACUUCCGCCCUCUCGCCGGGAGGCCCUCGGUCGCAAUGGGGCGCGGGGUGGAAUCAAGGAUGAGAAUCCCAUGAUUUUCUCCUUGGACUCAUCGGACCUGAUGUCAGAUGAUAUCGGCAGCAUGUUCAUCCAGUGUGACUCCUGCAAGGUCUGGCAGCAUGGUGGCUGUGUAGGAAUCAUGGACGAGGCUAUGAGUCCUGAUGAGUAUUUCUGUGAAGAGUGCCGAAAAGACCUACACAGGAUCAAAAGCGAGACAAAUGGAUCGCACUCUUCUCAGUACCUUCCUGUCGUCCCCAUCCCGUCCUCUACGGUAUCGUCCCGAGACUCUUCCCGAGAUAGUUCAAAGCGUGCGAAAGACCAUAAAUCCAGACAGUCCGAUCCUUUCCCCAACCCGAAACGUCGGUCUACUAUGAACAGCCGAGACGCGGCUUAUGACGAAGAGGAACAGCUGCGACGGGCCAUAGAGGAAAGCAGGGAAGAGAACAAGACUACCGACGGAGAGGAGAGCACCACUCGGAGGCCUAAAAGGAGUCGGAGCGACAGCGAAGCGCAUCGACAAGUGACAAAACGACCACGGACCACGUCGCCUUCUCCCACCGUCGAUUCGAAGCAAAGCAAUCCGGCUUCGCCGGUUGCGUCGGAAGAUGAAUCUAAGUCGAGACCUGUUACGAAUGGCAACAGAAAGCCGAGAGCCACGUCACGGGGCCAGCGUGAGAAGGACACGAAGGAGCCGGAAGACCCUGAAGCAGAACAUGCGGAGGCGGCAGGUAGAAGGAAGGGGAGGAGUGAUCGCCGAAAGGGCGAAGAAGCCGAUUCAGACCAUGAAUUAGUGGAGUCGCCGAUUAAAAUGACUGCGAAUGAACCGGAACUUCCACGGCAAAGCCCUGAGACCUCGGUUCCAGUUCCAGAAGCUGCGCCUCCGCGUCCAUCCACGCGGAAAUCUGGACGGCCGCCUGCGCGGCGUGGGCGCGUAGGACGCAAUCAAUAUACACGAGACCGAGACCUAAACGGGACCGGGACGGAUUCAAAUACAGGAAACUCUCCGCGCCGCGGGCAAUCACUAGAAACUGGCGACAAUUCUCCGCGCAUCGGUACCAUCGGCACUUCGGUAAAUGGCACAGAUACAGGGAAACCAAGCCGGCCGCGCUACGUCCAUCAGCGGACAACAAUGAAUGAGAUGAAGAGACGGGUAGCAGCUAUUCUGGAGUUCAUAUCACGCAUGCAAGUUGAGAUGGCUGUCGCCGGCGAGAGCACAACUCCACCUGAAAGAACCAAUGGAAUCGAUGCGCAAGCCAUCGGCGAGCAAUUAGGAAGCAUACUAUCGAAGACUGCCGGCGAUGGAUCCUCGGAGAGCUCUGGGGGGUUCCCGAUGCCCACAGAAAAAGACUUCAAGGACCUUAGCAGCGUCGAAAUGAUGGACGUGCUCACCCGCCAUCUUCUCAAAUGGCAGCAAGAAUACGGCAAGUUCGGCGAGAGGUGA